AUGAUUGAAGAGCUGCUAAAGCUGCCAUGUUUCGUCAAUGGAGCUAAAUUUCUUGCCUACUCUUUCUGCGACUCGAGCUCCAAGGGUCUGACGACAGCCACUUCUAUCCUACGGAAUCUUAUUUACCCAUUCAUCACGCAACAACCCCAGUUGACCAGAUUUCUACUACCUGCCUACGUGAAAGUACAUGGGAAUUUGCAGUCAUUUGAUACUUUGUGGUCCAUAUUGAUGGACAUCGGAAGUGAUACUGUCGCUGGAGCCAAAUAUCGCAUUAUCGAUGCUUUGGAUGAGUGUGACGAUACAUGGAAAAUUCUGUUCGGCCAAAACAAAGGGGAAUUCAGCGAUACGUCCAGGAUUUCCCAACCCAAAAUUAACAUUUUGAUCAUCAGCAGAAAAUAUCUGGAGAUCGAGCGACGCCUGCGUGAGUUUGACUCUAAGGACCUGGCAUUGUACACUAGCAUGGCGGAUGACCUUGAUACCUCCAUUAAAGAAAAAGUCGAAGAACUGGCCAACGACCUGAGAUACCCACGGGAAACCGCAGAAGAGGUCUCCCAAAUCCUACAUGCGAAGGCAGAGAAGACAUCCUUGUGGGUUGGCAUAGCCUGCAGCGCAUUGAUCGGUGUACCUUCGAAAGAUGCUGUCAAGAAACUAUCGAGCUUACCCCAGGGCCUUGAAGAGCUAUAUAAACCGCUACUUGACGCAGCUCUUGAAUUUACACAAAAAGAAGAAAAUCUUGAAAGGAUUAUGCAAAUCGUAAACUAUGUCGCGAUAUCACGCCGACCAUUGAGUGCGCUGGAAUCGGCUGAAGCUUGUCAGUUGUGUCCAGAUGGAGAGGAUGAUCCCCGUGAGAACAAACCGAAGAGCACAUCGAGACGUGCCGCCUGA